GCGGAUGCGCAGGCUGGUCUGGAUCCAUGCUGGUCGCAAACCCAUUAUGUUGAUUUUCUCAUGGCACGGCUCAAAUAAUCAUUGGUUAUUAGGUAUGCAUCACGUUAUGCACAAGUUCUGCAGUGGUAAUAUUGUUAGACUAAGAAUGUAAUAUUGAUCUGCAGAGGAACAAGUGUCUAUUUCUUGAUAAAAAAGCUAUAAAUCUCUUGUUUCCAUAUGCACUGGUUAUAAAUGAAAUACAACAUUGGCCCGAAGUAGAAGGGUAUGUGUGUGUGCAGUGGUGGUUACACUAUACUAAAGGUUAAGGAACUAAAUGAAUCUUUUUUGGGUGUGGUGGGGGGGAGUGGGGGUUGUAAUGUAGAUUGUUGCAAUCUGCAUAUCGUCUCAUCACCACAUGCCUAUAUUCCAAGUUUCAAGUCAAUACCUUUAACCAUACAUGUGAUACGUCCCGGUUUGACCGGGAUUGUCCCGGAAAUAACAUGCUCGUCCCGGUGUCCCGGACAGAGUUGAAAUGUCCCGGAGAAAUAAAUAUACAGGUAAAAAUAAAAAUGACCUCCCAAAAACUAGUUCUGUGGUCUAUAAUUUGUUUAAUUUUACCCUAAUAAACACAAUAAACUAUCUCCGGUGUCACCUUGUUUAUUCUAAUUAUCCGAUAUCAGAUGCCCUCGAGCGGGACACGUGUUGAUCAUUCAUCUCUCUCCCGCUUUGCACAACUUUGAUAUAAUUGAUAUAAUUGUGAACGAUUAAUUGAUUAAUGACUGUUAAAGACACCGUCAAUGAAUAUGUGUGAAAAGCACGAGUUUCAUGCUUAAGCCGAAAAAGCUAUCUAAUUUUGUCCCGACAAACUUAAAUGGGUAAGUUUAAGUGCAAACUGAAAAUGAGUGUAUGUUGGUAAAUGAAAGUUUCGGCAGAUUUCAAAGGGAUGACAAAAAAAGAGCAGCCAUUAAUGCGUUUUUGAGUAAAGAUUACAUGCAUAUAAAGUAUCGUAAUAAUUUUAUUCUUCCAAAAUCCCAAAGCUAUCAUUUCGUUUGUGCCUUAAAAGUUAUUAAUCAUGUCAAAGCGCGCUGCAGACUCUGCAGCUAGUGGUAGCAUUAAAAAAGCUAAACGUGCAUGUAAAUUCCAACAAAAAUGGAUUAGUGAGUUUCCGUGUGUGAAAAAAAGUGUUAAGGGGGAAGAAUACUUCCAUUGCAAGCUGUGUAAUAUCGAUGUUUCAGUGUCAAGUGGCGGUAGGAAUGAUUUAUCUAGACAUUUACACUCUAAACAGCAUGAAUCAAAGAAUAGUGCCUCCUCUAGCAAUACCUCCAUUAAGGAUAUGUUUAAAGUUAAAGAGGACGAUCCUGUGGCUCGGGCGGAAUGCUACUUCGCGUCUUUUGUGUCUGAACAUAAUCUACCUUUUGCGGUCGCGGAUCACUUUACGGAACUUGUUAAAGUAAUGUUCCCGGACAGUGAAAUUGCGCGGAAAUUUAAGUGUAAGAGAACUAAGGUCGCCAAGAUUAUUACCGAAGCCAUCGCCCCAACGUUCGAGAAGAAGGUGAACACAUUGUGCCGUGAGAAUAAAUUUAGUGUAAUGAUGGAUGAGUCUAAUGACAGGGGGGACAAAAAGUGUGUUGCAAUAUUGGUACGAGUGUAUGACUCUACAGUGAUGAAAGUGGAUACUUUAUUCUUGGCAAUGCCAAUUUGUAAUGUGGGAACCGGGGCCAAUCUGUUCGCUUGUCUACAGGAAGUGUUCACGGAUCGAAGAAUACCAUGGAGCAACUUGAUCGGCUACAGUUCCGACAACGCGCCAGUCAUGAUCGGCAACAAUAACUCCGUCCUUUCACGUGUCCGAGAACAGCAGCCGAACGUUAUCAACGUGGGGUGCAUUUGCCACAUAAUGAGCACAUGUACCCAGUAUGGUGUUAAGAAAAUGGAAAUGCCCAUUGAGGAGGUUCUACAAGACGUCUAUCAGCACUUCCAGCACAGCUCCAAGCGCCGCCAGAUUCUCCAAGAAUUCCGUGAGUUCACCAACACAGACACCUACAAGAUUGUGCGCCACUGCAGCACCCGAUGGCUAUCUCUCCAGAGCUGUGUAGAGCGGUUCCUCCAGCAAUGGCCAGCGUUGCAGGCUUACUUCCAGAGUCACGAGGACUCCGAGAAACAUGGAAGCAGAGUAGAACGAGUGUCCAACUGUCUGAAUAAUCACCUUCUUGCGCUGUCUUUCCGGUUCCUAGCGUUCAUCCUCGUCCCACUCAACAACUUUAACACAGAAUUCCAGAAUAGCGCUUCCAUGGCUGGGUACCUCCAUGCGGAGAUCAUACGAGUGGUAAGAACAUUUAUGGCGAAGUUUGUUAAAAUGAGCUGUAUCAACGCCGCCGCCGACAUCACUGCCGUUGACUUCACCUGCCGUGAGAACCAGCAUGACGACAAUCUUCUAGCCGUCGGAAUGGCCGCCCGUACCUACCUGUCUGAGCAUGACGACGACUCACAGCUGGCAGCGUCUUUCUUCAGUACGGUCAGAUCAUUCUACGUGGAAGUGACAACGAAGAUGCUCGCCAAAUUCCCCAUAAACGACACUGUUCUGCAGUCUCUGUCUUUCCUCCGCCCCGAGAAUAGAGAAACUGUAGACGUCAGUUCUGUGAUUGGCCUGUCAGAACGACUUGGUGUUGGUGCGCCGGACGUGAUUCAAGAAGAGCUUGUGGACUACCAGCUAUGCUCCACUAACAGCCUCCCCUCCCAUGAACCCGGCAUGGUUCUCGACCCGUUCUGGUCCAACGUAGCUAACAUGAAAACUCCAUUACAGAAGCCUAGAUUCCCCAACCUGUCAAAACUUGCCUUCGCUGCACUCAGCUUACCGCACAGCAACGCCGAUCCUGAACGUGCAUUCAGCGUGCUCAAGAAAAUCCAGCGUGAAGACCGCGAAAAUCUCGGGGGAAAAUCAGUGUCUGCUUUGAUGACUAUGAAAUUUAAUAACAAGACUUCUUGUUUCAAUAUGAACUUUAGUAGCGACGUGUGUAGUGCAGCAAAAAGAUCUUGUAAUUGAACAUUGUGACGCAUACUUAUAGUGCGGCAAAAAGAUGGUGUUAUUGAACACUGAAGUGAUAAAUUAAUCUUGAGACAAAGACACUGUGUUGAACACAUAGAAUCUAUAGAUAUAUAUUUAUAUUCAAAUAUAAAAUAAAUGAU